UCUGUGACGUCACCUUUGAAGCCGUUCGCGGGAGUUGAUGAGGAAGUGCCGCUAAAGCCUUUCAUGUUUUUAUCAUGUUUUUAAUAGUGUUUUAAUUAUCAUCAUUCAGUGAUGGAUUCAGCGCUGUCAGCUGUCACAGAUAAACAGGAGACUAAGAUGGAGAUUUGUAGAGCAGAUUAUAGAACCAUUGCCAAAUUCAUAGAGCAGCUGCGACCCACACGACAGUGCAUGAAGAUCCUGAAAACACAGUUUCCACAUCUUUGUGCGUCCACUCUUCUGAGCAUCUUCUCCCAGGAGUACCAGAAGAGAAUGAAGCGCAGUAUUGCGAGACAUCAUGCCCCUGACGUGGUUAAAGGAUACUACCAGAGGUACCGCAGUGAAGCUGAGACGCGUCCUACAGAACCCGUUCUACUGGAGCUCGCCAACCAGGUGGACGUGUCUCCUGCUCUGUUGGCUCGUGUGGUGGUGGAGUGUUUUGUGGAGGAAACUGAAGGUGCAGUCCCUUCCAGACAUGUUCUCAACAACAUGCUGCGAGAGCCGUAUUUAAUUCCAGACCGGCUGUUGGCUAAACAUGUGGAGCAGUGCACAGUUAAUGACUGCUGUUAUGGACCGCUGGUGGACUGCAUCAAACAUGCUAUUGGUGUGGAACAUGAAGAAAUUCUACGAGACAAACUGAGAGAGAGAAAGCUGUCGUUUUUAGAUGAAAACCAGCUGCGGGCCAAAGGAUAUGACAAGACACCUGACAUUAUUCUAGAGGUGCCGAUAGCUGUUGAAGGUCAUAUCGUUCACUGGAUUGAGAGCAAAGCUUCAUUUGGAGAUGAUCACAGUCAUCACACUUACCUGAAUGAACAGUUCUGGAGUUACUGCAACAGGGUUAAACUGUCGCACUGAUAAACGCCUGAGUCUACCAACCCCCGAAGCACUGACAAUCAGCCUGAUCUCCUGAGGGACGCUGUGUGGCUUUACCGUGACCCCUUCAUGUCGCCGUUUGAUUCCUUCAUUCCAUGUUUGGAGUAUUUAACAUGGCGUUUGAUCCACUGGAUAAUUCAUUUAGCUCGUGUCUCAGAGCUGGUCUGAAGUCUCAGUGGCUUUAGAGAUGCAGAGGUGGACACAACACCCACUUGACUUCUGUUUACUUUGUAAAAUUUUAAAAUGACGUGAAAUAUGAUUUGUGCUGCAGCUUGUAGAGAAGACAUCACCGUUGACUCGAGAGAUUAACGACAGCUUUUAUCUCUAGAGCAGCUUUAGCAAGUCAGAAUGUUCCAGAAUUUCAGCUGAUGAUAUCUUCAAGCCGUCUUUUUGUCAUUUUUAAAUUGUUCGUUCAAAUAUCACCUAGUGCACAGGUGGGUGGCUACAGUGGCCUAAGCCAUUGCCCCUUUGCCCUACUGGGCUGAGGUGCCCCUCUGGAGAAAGUAAUUUCAUUUCCAUAUAUUCAUUUUGCAGAUGCUUUUUAUCAACAAUAUCAAAGCAAUUUUUAUGUAAUGCUUAGUACAAUACUGUCUGCGGGAUUUUUUUUAUUGUGAGUUUAUGUAAACAUGCGCUGGACAGCCGGCUUCGACUGUUGCAUUGCGUCUCUUUUUUGCAGGCAGCGGAUCAGGACUGAAAGGAGGAGGGGGAGAGGGGCCUUGAGUGGGUCAAACGCUUGAUCCUUGAUCAGGCCCAAAUGCGUUAAAAACUUGCAUUAUUUCAUAAGGUGAAUGAUCAGAUCACAGAGCUAACGUAAGUCUAUAAAAAAUAAUAAGUUUUAUUCAUUUUGUUGUUAUUUCAACUUAAAUGUAGGCUUUCCAAUUACUACAAUAGCUGCACAGCUAAAUCAUAAUUUUAUCAUAUAAAUGAUGAAUAAUUAUAAAGAUAAAGUGAGCCCUUGAACUGUUGCUGAACUGAAUAUAUGAAGCAAGCUGUCUGCUACAAUUUACAAAAGUAUAUAAACAUAUUAAGGCUAUGUCAGUCCUAUAAAUAUAAUUAACAGUGAACACAGAAAUAAUAACAAUUAAAUAACCAUGAAAUGGAAUUUAACUGCAUUAUGUUGAAUAACACCCAGUCUACAUAUCAGGCAUGCAUAUAGUGUUGCACACUGUUUAUAGUAUCACACCUUCACAGAAAAGAAGAUAGAGAGAGAAAGAGAGAGAGUGGAGGGAGGCUGCUAAAGGGAGUGUUUCUUUGCCAAGCUGGAUUCAAAACACCAGCAAGCAAGCAGGUGAAUCAUGAUGAAAAUAUAUAACAAAAGAUCUUUCACACUGCCGCUCUAAAGUUUUUUUCCUAAAAUCAUUUGCCAUAGGAGAAAGUAAUGUAUUACUUUGUGUUUAAAAGUAAAGAAUAUUUUAAGUUAAACUAAUAUUAAUAUUAUACAGAAUAAAAAAUGUGUACAGAUAUAUACAUUAUUCUAAAUGAGGUGUAUAUUUAGCAUAAUAAUAUAAAUAGAUAAUACUAUUCUAGAUUACAAUAAAAGUGUAAUUCUUCCAACCAAUAUGACACAACCACAAGGCCCCAGGUCAGAGAAUGAGGGAGAGUCUUCUGAGCAUCAGGAGCAGGUACUGGUGAGAGGAUUUCAGUGUAAUGUAAAGGGACAUAAUACUAAGUGUUUGAUAAGGAGUAGAGCCUGACCGAUAUGGGAUUUUUGAGACCGAUACCGAUUUUAGAGAGGGAAAAUAUGGUGACCGAUAUAUUUAAUUUUUGAGCUGGAAUGAAAACAGACCUUUUCUAUGUGGAUUGUGCACCGAUUUUGCACUGAUAUGACUAUGCAAAGGUACACAGAAGGCUGCUUUCUUAAAUAUUUUUAUCAAAGAAUAUUUGACAUUAUUAUUAUACAUUCUCAACAAAUACUAGAAAUGAACACUGAGAAAAUAAAGAAUAAAUAAAAAUACAAUAAAUAGCUAAAUAAACAUCAGUACUGUUUAGUAUCAGUCAAUUGCUGACCAUUAAAAUAAAGAAUAAAUAAAAAUACAAUAAAUAGCUUAAUAAACAUCAGUAGUACUGUUUAGUGUCAUUCAAAUGCUGACCAUUAAAAUAAAGAAUAAAUAAAAAUACAAUAAAUAGCUAAAUAAACAUCAGUACUGUUUAGUAUCAGUCAAAUGCUGACCAUUAAAAUAAAGAAUAAAUAAAAAUAAAAUAAAUAGCUUAAUAAACAUCAGUAGUACUGUUUAGUAUCAGUCAAUGGCUGACCAUUAAAAUAAAGAAUAAAUAAAAAUAAAAUAAAUAGCUUAAUAAACAUCAGUACUGUUUAGUAUCAGUCAAUUGCUGACCAUUAAAAUAAAUAAAUAAAAAUAAAAUAAAUAGCUUAAUAAACAUCAGUACUGUUUAGUAUAAGUCAACUGCAGACCAUUUAAAUAAAGAAUAAAAUAAAAUAAAAUAAAUAGCUAAAUAAACAUUAGGGGUGGUUGCACCAGAUAUAAGUACGUUACAACUUAGCCUAGUUGUGGCGUAAAUGGGCACUAAGUCACAAUUUACGCUCUACUAAAUAUUUGAGCGUUGCGCCAUCAAAUUUAUGUAGGACGUAAACCUACGUAUAAACUAAAUAUAUACGGCAGCCUCCGACCAGGAGUAACUGAUGAAAUAAAAAAGCAGACUCAUUUAAUGACAUCAAUGAGCUCAUGUUUUGGUUGACAGGCAUCAGUCCUUUCGACAUAUAUGAUUGUGUUGGCAUUUACACUCGUUUACAUUUAUGAGAGAUAGAGAAAAAAAUGAUCAGCAUGAAACUGAUCUAACAGUGCCAUUUUUAGAGUGCGUCGCCCGGUGUCAAGUUUCAACACAUUCAAAAUA